ACACACAUAUAAAAAAAAAAAUAAAAUAAAAAAAAAAUAAAAAUGAGGGCAUAAAUGGAAUAAUUCAUUAUUACAGUGCUCAUUUAAAAAAAAAAAAUUAAAUACAAACACCUCAUAUUUUACUUUCUUAGAGAGAUAAGUAUAGGAUUAUUAUAUUAUUAUUAUUAUUUUUCCCUCUCAUCAGACUUUUUCUUCAGCCAAGCACCGAACACCGCUCAGUUUGAACUUUGAACCAAACAGCUACAUUUACAUGGUUUAUGCUUUGGUUUGAUUUGAAAAAGGACUUGUUGUAAUGGCGAAAGCGAGUCCAAACGACGGAGAAUUGUCGCCUGAAAUCGGUAUUCCGACCGGGUUGAAUCGGAUUAAGACUCGUCGACUGCGGUCGAAGGAUUCGAAUCUUGAUGAGACCGACAAGUUGAUUGAGUUUCAGAGUCAUGGAGCUUUGAGACCUCAUCUGAAGCAGAAGCAGAGGUCGUUAGGUCAAGGGCAUGUGAAGAUCAAGGGUUCCAAAGAAGUAGGAUUCCGUAAAGGGAAGAAGAUAGCCCGGUGGCUCACGUCACAUCUUGUUAAAGAUUCCAAUCAAGCUUUCAAUGAUAUUCCUCCAAACACUCAGUACAGUGAGUCAGAAGUCAAGGAACUUGGCGAGGAUGGUCCUACAAGAACUAAACUACACAAGGUGGGAAAUAAUUUAACCGGAAAACAAUCUUCACCAGACACUACAUGCUCUAGUAAAGUGCCAAAGGUUCUAAAAAGUUAUUCGCAUGAACUAGGACCAAGGGGUGGUAUUCGACCUGUUCAUCCCCGGCCUCACAGUUAUAAUGACUUGAAGGAGCUUCUGGGAUCAUUGCGUACAAGAUUUGAUGCUGCAAAAGAAGCGGUGAAUGCAGAGCUGGCUUAUUUUGCUGGAGAGUUGAUGGAAGUCUUGCGGGAAAACGACUCCCUUUCUCCGGAAGGACAGAAAAUGACGCAGGAUCUUUUCAUUCUUGCUCAAGAAUGUACUGAAAUGACCUCCUUAGAGUUCCGUGCUAAGUGUGAAACAAUUGUCCAAGAUUUGACUGAGAAGAGGAAGCAAUGCCAAACAGGAUUGCUGAAGUGGCUGUUGACACGCAUGCUGUUCAUAUUGACACGUUGCACUAGAUUGCUGCAUUUUGAGAGAGAUAGUGAGCCCAUUGAUGAGACAUCUUUUCAUAAAUUCAAGAAAUUCUUAGAAAGUGUUCCUUCUGUUGAAAUGAGCUGGAUUCCCAAUCCAGGGAUUGCUGAUUCUGGUCCAGGUUAUGCUCUAAGCUUGAUUACAGAUGCCAAACACGAAUUAAGACAAAAUCAGGUACAAAAUCUUCCUGAAGCAACUUGGUGUAGGUCUGAAGAGCCAGCUGAUAAAAGUAACAUAAUUUCCAGAAAGGAUUUCAUGGUUAUUGAACAGAAGUCGCUCUCUCAAAGUUCCCAAAUUGAUAUGCUUUCAAAUGUUCAACGAUAUCAUCAAGUUGAUGAGAAAUCUCUUGGAGAUCCCAUAAUCAAGUCUAGCUGCGGUUCACUCCACGAGCAGGAACGAAGUUUAUCUGAUUCAGUAAUUUGUAGGAUAUGUGAGGAAGUUGUUCCUACUUCUCACUUGGAAUCUCAUUCUUAUAUAUGUGCUUAUGCAGAUAAGUGUGAUUUGAAAUGUUCAGAUGUAGAUGAACGACUUUUAAAACUUACAGAGAUGCUGGAACAAAUCAUAGAGUCACAUAAUUCAACUGUUAAUGCAUCAUAUGACAGCCCUGAGAAUCCGGGGAUGCGGAUUAUGAAUUCUUCAAUUUCAUCUGAAGGUUAUUCUCCAAAGAUAAGUGAGUGGCGAAGUAAAGGUGUGGAAGGGAUGUUUGAAGAUAUUCAUGAGAUGGACACUGCCUGUAUAGAUGAUUCUCACCUUGCAACCACCAUUAACUCGAGGGGUCACUUUGGCAUGAAGCUUAGCCACUGUGGUCCACCCUCAACUGGAAGCAUGUCAUCAGUAUCCUCCACAAAUACCCCUACGGCAGGACAUUUUGACUUCUUCUGGUUAGAGCAUAACAAUCCUUCUGAGCUUGAAGAUGUGCAACAAAUGAUCGAACUUGUUGACAUUGCUCGCUGUGUGGCAGGCACAGAUCUUUCAAAAGAAGGUUCCCAUGAGUUUUUACUUGCUUGCAUGGAAGACUUGCAGGAUGUUUUACAACAUAGCAAGCUCAAAGCUCUUAUAAUAGACACAUUUGGAGGUCGAAUAGAGAGUCUUCUUCGGGAAAAGUUUAUACUUGCUUGUGAACUGAUGGACGCAAAAACCUUGAAUAGCAAUGGCAGAUUUGCUGAAAGCUCUAAAAUUUUGUUGGAUAAUGCAUCUCAGAAUAGUUCAACAUCAACUCCUUUACAUCCCUUGCAUAAAGAAAGAACAAGUAUUGAUGACUUUGAGAUUAUUAAACCAAUUAGCAGAGGUGCUUUUGGUAAAGUCUUUCUGGCGCGAAAGCGAGCAACGGGGGAUUUAUUUGCGAUAAAGGAGCUCAAGAAAUUGGAUAUGAUACGGAAAAAUGAUAUUGAGCGUAUAUUGGCAGAGCGUAACAUAUUGAUAACAGUUCGAAAUCCUUUUGUGGUUCGAUUUUUUUAUUCAUUCACCAGUAGGGACAACCUUUAUUUGGUUAUGGAAUAUCUUAAUGGAGGUGAUCUAUAUUCUUUGCUGAAGAAAGUUGGUUGCCUUGAGGAAGAUGUAGCUCGUACCUAUAUUGCUGAACUGGUUCUUGCUUUAGAAUACCUACAGUCUCUUGGAAUUGUGCAUCGUGAUUUGAAACCGGACAACAUAUUGAUUGCACAUGAUGGACAUAUCAAGCUUACAGAUUUUGGAUUGUCAAAGAUUGGCCUUAUGAACAGCACAGGCGAUUUACCUGGACCCGAGAUAAAUGGAACUGCUCUUGCGGACUCCCAUGGGCUGCACAAUCAACAAACAGAGGAUAGAAGUCAGCGGUCAGCUGUUGGCACACCAGACUACUUGGCACCUGAGAUUCUUCUGGGAACUGAGCAUGGUUAUGCUGCAGACUGGUGGUCAGUGGGAAUUAUCCUAUUUGAAUUUAUCUGUGGCAUCCCUCCUUUCAAUGCUGAACUUCCAGAGAUUAUCUUCGACAACAUUCUUAACAGGAAAAUCCCCUGGCCCUCUGUUCCUAAAGACAUGUCUUAUGAGGCCCAAGACUUGAUUGACAGGUUUCUCGUUCAUGAUCCAGAUCAGCGCCUUGGAGCCAAGGGUUCGUCUGAGGUCAAAGCUCAUCCAUUUUUCAGGGGAGUUAACUGGGACACCCUUGCAUUACAGAAGGCUGCCUUUGUACCAAACCCAGAUGGUUUAGAUGACACAAGUUACUUUGUCUCACGGUAUACUCAAUUCUCAACUAGCAUGGCAGAUGAUGAUGACACUAGUGAUUCUGAUUCCGUCAUUAGUGACUCCUCAAAUUCUGGACUUGAGAAGAUGGAUGAAUGUGGUGAUCUUGCAGCGUUUGAUCCCUCUCUUGAUCUAUCCUUGAUGAAUUUUUCUUUUAAGAAUUUGUCACAACUGGCGUCCAUCAAUCGCGAUGUGCUUUUACAGAGUUGGAAGGGAUCAUCAAGCUCAUCUCCGAGCAAAAGUCCAAAUCGAUAGGUUAAAAAAAGAAAAAGGUAAGAGAAUAUUUUCAAUGUUAGAGCAAAGGGCCAAAAUAUAGAGAGAGUAGCCCACCCAUCAGUGUCUCCCAUGUUUAGAUAUUAGCCGCAUCAGUGUUAGCCUCAUUGAUUCAUUCGACUUUCUGGAGCUCACUGUCAUAUUUACAAAUAUGGAAGGAAGAAUGUACAAUUUUCUUAUUUUCUUUCUUCUGAAUUGAUUGAUAUAUUUCUCGAAAAGAACGAAGAGGAAACAAAAAACGUUCGCAUGAA